GUAGGGUAUGGGGGAUUCAAGAGACGCAACCUGGCAACCCAGUAUAAAUAAGCUGAGCUAGACAACGGCUGUUUAGCAGCUAGCUACCUCUCCGUGUUGCACAGUCAACAAAAACAGCCGCGUUACAUACACAGUGUGCUCCAGGAUUAUGUCGGCGAGUGACAACGACUCUGUCGACUUGACCAGAACUGGUUCCCCAGUUCAUCACAGAAAAAAACACAACAUGGAGUCGUCCAGAUCUCCCAGAAGCUCCAAACAUCACCAUUCGCGGUCAAGGUCACGCUCCAGGGACCGAAAACGUGACAGAAAAUACAGACGGAGUCGCAGCAGGAGCAAAGAGGCACGAAAGAGAGACUCUCAGAAGCCAUCCAAAUCACACAGAAAAACAGAUGAGCAGCAAGAGCCAGAGAGACUUUCAGCAGAGAAUGGAGAGGAGCGUUCCAGACGCAAGGACAAGAGGCCCUCCAAGGGCCGCAGUGCGUCCAGGUCACACUCUCGAGAGAGGCGGCAUCACAGCAGAAGUAGGGACAAACGUCGAUCACGUUCGCGCAGCCGGGACAGGAAGAAGAAGGCUAGGUCUCGCUCAGGCUCAAGGACCAAACACCGUCAUCAUAGCAGAAGUCGCAGUAAGAGCAGGGAGCGAAAGAAAAGGAGUGAGAAAGUGCGCAGAAAGAGUCGAAGCAGGUCUGUUAAUCCACCUGCCUUCCGGGGCCGAAACACAGCUAUGGAUGCACAAGAGGCCCUGGCCAGAAGGCUAGAGAGAGCCAAGAAACUACAGGAGCAAAAGGAGAAGGAAAUGUUUGAGAAACAGCAGCAGCAACAGCAGGAGAUAGCUGCAGUGGCUGCCCCUAUCGCAGUAGCUGCUGCUGCUGCAGCCGCCGCCUCGAACCCUGGCCUCAAUGUGGCAGCCCUCCUGGCCUCUGGGACGCAGGUCACGCCUCAGAUUGCUAUGGCAGCACAGAUGGCAGCCCUUCAAGCAAAAACACUGGCAGAGACUGGUAUUGCUGUGCCCAGCUACUAUAACCCGUCCUCUGUAAACCCCAUGAAGUUUGCAGAGCAGGAGAAAAAGAGAAAAAUGCUAUGGCAGGGGAAGAAGGAGGGGGACAAGUCCCAGACAGCUGAGCUGUGGGAGAAGCUGAGCUUUGGAAACAAGGACCAAAAUGUUAAAUUUCGCAAACUAAUGGGUAUUAAAGGAGACGAUGAGGCUGAAGCUUCCAAACCAAUUACUGAUGAAGGCAUUAAGACUCUUCAAAAGCAGGAGGAGAUGUUUAGGAACCUUGACGUUCAGUACGAGAUGGCUCGGUCUCAGACACACACCCAGAGGGGAAUGGGCCUCGGCUUCUCCUCCUCAUUCUCACGUGGAAUGGAUUCUAUGUAGUGCCAAACAUUGGCCGUCUUUUGCCACUCAUCUGAUCAUAUAGGACCACCAAUUCAUCGCCAGCCCUCAAGCUUGCAUGGAUGUUGCUCUGAAUUUGUAAUUUAUUUAUAGACAAACAUCUCACAUAUUGGAACAUUACAGUGUAAAUAGUCAGAUGCUGAGUUUGCCUCAGUGUUUAUUAAUCUGUACAUCUUUGCAAAAGGAUGCAUCAGUUUGACUGGUUGAUACUGGUUAAAAUUAGACAUUUGUUUGAAUAAUGUGGUAGCUUUUUUUUUAAACUCAAAUAUAUAUUGAUAUGUGAUUGUUUGAACAUAAACUGAAUAUAAUGUGGUUCAAGUGAACACUGUUUACAUCCAUUUAAGGAAAGGUAUCUGAAGUCAGUGUAGCAUCAUCAGAAUCUGUUUCUUUUCUCCUUAUUGGGGGAAAAACAAAACAGUGGGUUGUAAUACAUAUUGUCUUCAGGCUUGCCUUGGACAAAGAUGUGCUUGAGGAGUAAUCACAUUGUUCUUGAAAUAAAUUAGUUUUGUGUUGAAUAA